AUGAACCACAUCAAGAUCAAUGGCAAUUCCCGUUCAGCGGCGGGCGCCAUGGGCAUCAUGUCCAGCACCGCCUUCGCUCAACCUCCGCCAGCGGUAACAGAUUCCAACUACAUCCUAAUCCAUACCACCGGUCCUUUGAACGCUCAACAAAAGCAAGCGCUUCGGGACAAACAUGUCGACAUCCUUGAUUAUAAGGGGGACGACGUUUACCUGUGCGGCUACAAGCCCAGCACUUUGGACCCCGUGAAUAGCAGCCUUAGCGACUUCGUCACCAACACCGAGGUCUACCACCCGGAGUAUGUCGUGGAACCAAAGCUCAAGGCAGGAAACGACGAAGAAGUAGCCGAUGUAGCGGUUAUUCUUCAUGACGAUGUCGGCAAUGAUAAUCUCGAACGUGUGGCCGGUAACAUCGCUGCCCAGGCCGGAAUCUCCGCUGGCAGCGUCGAGAUUCACGACCGCAAAGCAUGCAUCAAAGUUCCCAAGUCCAAGUUACCGCAGCUAGCACGCAUCGACGAAGUCAAAGCCAUCAACCAGGUGCAAACCCACCAUCUCUUCAAUAACGUUGCCGGUGGCAUUCUUGAAGCCAAUAAGCCAGUUGGAAAGCUCCAGGCCACUUAUAAGGGAAAGGGACAAAUUGUGUGCGUGGCGGAUACCGGAUUUGAUACUGGUUUAAAGGAAAAGGAUCGUUGCCACGAAGCGUUUGGUGAUCGCGUUCUGUCUCUACACAAUAGAGGCCGUGAUCGCUCAGAUACAUGGCCCUUCCCUGCGGACGAUCCAGAUGGUCACGGUACGCACGUCUGUGGUUCCGUGCUCGGCAAUGGCAAGCAUACCGAACAAGGUCAAAUUGAGGCGCCUGCUUCUGAGGCUAAGCUCAUCAUGCAAUCCGUUUUUGAUAGGUGGUAUAAGAAAGGGAGUAAGGAUCCCGCGCGGUGGGAGGCAGGGCUGGGAGGUAUUGGCGAUAGCUAUCGCGACCUCUUCGAUGGCGUCUUCCAGGAGGGAGCUCGGAUCCAUUCCAACUCUUGGGGCGCACAACCUGCGCCGUACGACAUGGCUGAGUCGGGCCAGAUUGAUGGCUAUCUCUGGGGAAACAAGGCCCUGACCGUGCUUUUUGCUGCUGGUAACUCGGCGAUCGAUGUUGAUGCCAACCACGGCCACGUCGACCCUGGCUCGCUGUGCUCUCAGUCCGUCUGCAAGAAUAUUAUCAGCGUUGGUGCGUCAGAGAAUAACCGGCCGGGAGUAGAGUAUCCGCUUGAAGGAGGCAAGCCGCUCGUUUACGGAGCAUGGGAAGAGGACUUCCCCUGGGGGCCCAUCUCCGUCGACAACGUUGCCAACAAUCCAGAGGGCAUGGCCGCGUUUAGUAGUCGUGGCCCCACGAAGCCCGAUGGGCGUAUUAAACCCGAUGUUGUUGCUCCGGGGACCACCAUCCUGUCGACUCGAUCCUCGCACAUUAUAGGAGGCCAUCACACUGAGUUUUGGGGACACAGCAGCGAUGAGAAGUGGAUCUAUGAGGGCGGCACAAGCAUGGCGACGCCCCUAGUUGCUGGCUGCUGCGCCGUAAUCCGUGGCGCUCUCGUUGACAAUGGCCAUCGCGAGCCAUCAGCUGCUCUUGUCAAGGCCAUUUUGAUCAACGGCGCUGUUCCCUUGAAAGGACAGUACAACCAAGCUUUGCCCAAUGGUGAGUUUGGAGCAUCCAUGGAUGCUCCAAACCCCAACUCUGGCUUCGGACGCGUCAACUUGACCAACUCUCUCCGUAAUAUCGUGGACAACCCCGAGAGUUCCGUUUAUGGAUUCCAAGAUGUGACUGGUCAAGAUUCCCUCGGAAUGGACGGCCAGCAUCGAAGUGAACAUCCUGUUUCGGUCGAGAUCCCAGCGGGUAGCCCAUCGGCCCUGACCUUGAAGGUCACUCUCGUUUGGAACGACCCCCCGGGAGAACAUUUGCAAAAUGACCUAGACUUAAUUGUGGCUGGAAGAGGUGCUGAGAAGCAUGGAAACCAAGGUGACGGCUCUGGAUUUGAUCGACGUAAUAAUGUUGAGCAGGUUGUUUGGAAAAACGUGCAGCCUGGAUCGUACCAGAUCACCGUCCGUGCAUUCAGAAUACUCCGAGACCCCCAGCCGUUUGCUCUCGCUUGGAGAGCAUUCGCAUAG